AUGUCGACGCCAGCUGACAUCGCGCAUGUGUUGCUCACGCUUUCAGUCGAUCCACGUCUAGUCAAGACACUCAUCAAAGGCCUCGACGAGGACAAGAUCGCGAAGGUCACUGAAGAGAUAUCGAAGAGACUGCGUUCCCGAGAUGAUCACGAAGAGCACUUGUGUGCACUAGUGCAGGUUGCGGCGAAAAGCAAGGUUACGGAACUGGACGCGACCGGUUCAUCGAGUGAUCCAACGACGCAGACAACUGGGACCCGAACGCGAGGAACUGCAUCACAGUCGGGGAACACAAGGCUAUUUGGGAACACUAACAAGCGCGCCGCUGCCCCAGCUUCCCAAGUUAACCUACCCAAACGCGCGAAGACAAGGCGAAAUAUCGACUUAGAUCAAGACGACCACGAUUCCGAAGAGUAUGACUUGGGCUCACAACUGCUGGCAGCUGCAAAUUCGGAAGAUAUUGAGGGUAGUGAUGAUAACGAGGAUGAGAUCAAGAUAGAACCAUUUCGACAUGACUCAUCACUAAGGGCCACUUCACUGCCAAAGAUCAUACAUGUGACGGGGGCCGAGACGAUUAUUCCUGACUUGGAAGUAGCACUCUUCGUGCCAGACAGUGCCGGUUCUGGAGAAUGGAAGACGAUCGACCUUCUGACUGCGACAAUGAACCACGCGAUUCGAGCCAAAUUUGUCGAAAACUUCAUCUCCACAGCAUCAAAGAAGAAAGACUACGAGAGAAUGGUUAACAGUCCCAAGAGUUACCUAUAUGGCCGCUGCCUGAGCAAUGUCACUGGGCGUCUCAAUAUCUCUCACCACACCUACACCAAGGCCAGGGGAAACAAAGACAGGGCGUGCGACUUUUGCAUCAAGACACAAAGACUUUGUGUCAAACUUGUCGGGACGGCCAAAAACUUGAGGCUGGGCGUCUAUCCGCUUCCAGAGAAUCUGCGAUACGAUGCGACAUGGAUGGAUAUGGAAUUUUGGAUUUCGGAUUAGAAGUUUCGAGCGUGUGUUUUCAAAUUCCAAUAUCAGGUAUGCAAUGAGUGUCAGAUCAGUUGUAUACUUGGAUAUUGGAAUGACGUUCUGCAACGGUUGGUUCGACAGAUACAAGUUAUGUUUCUUUCUAAUGUCAAGAUCAAACGGCAGUGGGCCAAAGUGUCUAUACCGCAGAUCCAACUCAUGUAAUGCAAACAUCAUACCUAC